AUGAUCCGAUUUGAAGCUUUAAUUCUACGUCGCUUUCUUCAAAUAUCUCUAUCUAUUGCAAUCAUUUUUUUCGACAUGGAAAUGUUACUCUGUUCUCAUCUAUCUAUCUAUCUAUCUAUCUAUCUAUCUAUCUAUCUAUCUAUCUAUCUCAGUCAUUUUAACACCUAUCUAUCUAUCUAUCUAUCUAUCUAUCUAUCUAUCUAUCUAUCUAUCUAUCUAUCUAUCGCAGUCAUUUUUAUCCUACAUGCUGUAACUCUGUUGACAUCUAUCUAUCUAUCUAUCUAUCUAUCUAUCUAUCUAUCUAUCUAUCUAUCUAUCACUAAUUUCUAUUUCGUCUUUCUCUACCUUUUUGGUUUUCCAUUCUUUCUUUCGUUCUCUCUUUUUUCUUUCUUUCUUUCUUUCUUUCUUCAUUCGAGACCGGUUAUAUUUAUUUUUUUCUCUCUCUCUCUGUUUCUCUCUCACUCUCGUCAGUAUUUUAUCAUAUUGAUCAUCAUUGUCUACUUCGUCUCUCGUAAAUCAUUUGAUGAAUCUUAG